UUCUAUUGGCCUAUGGGAGCGUCAGUCAGACGUGGCUCCGCCUCUUUCUCCCCCUCCUCCGGAGCAGGCUCGGUUGAGUCGUCGGGUUGAGGAGGAGUGCGGUUGGAGUGCGAGAGGGUCGCGGCCGCGAUGAUCUGACAGAUGAAAUAGCAAAAAAGAGAAAGAGAAGGCGGGCGUCCUCCAAACAAAACAAUGUUUCCCAAAGGCAAAGGGACCCCGGUGCCGUCGGACAGCCAAGCACGAGAAAAGUUGGCUCUUUACGUGUAUGAGUAUUUGUUACACAUAGGGGCACAGAAGUCUGCACAGACCUUUUUAUCAGAGAUCCGAUGGGAGAAAAACAUAACACUUGGUGAACCCCCUGGAUUCCUACAUUCAUGGUGGUGUGUUUUCUGGGACUUGUAUUGUGCUGCACCAGAGAGGAGAGAGACAUGUGACCACUCCAGCGAAGCAAAAGCUUUCCAUGAUUAUAGUGCAGCAGCAGCUCCCAGCCCCGUGAUGGGAGGGAUGCCCCCUGGUGAUGGCAUGCCAGGGGGCCCAAUGCCACCUGCCUUUUUCCAGGGUCCUCCUGGUCCCCAGGGCUCUCCUCACCCUCAGCCUCCUCCCCCUAACAGUAUGAUGGGACCUCACAGUCAGUCUUUCAUGUCGCCUCGGUUUGCUGGAGGCCCAAGAGGUCCACCCAUCCGGAUGGCCAGCCAGCCACCCGGCGGAGGACCAGGUCCUCAUCCCAUGCUGCCCAACAUGGACCCCACACGGCCACAAGGUCAUCCUAACUUGGGGCCAAUGCAGAGAAUGAGUGGCCCUCGAGGAAUGGGACCUAUGGGGCCUGGCCCUCAGAACUUUGGUGGUGGGAUGAGGCCUCCACACAACACCAUGGGUCCUGGCAUGCCAGGAGUGAACAUGGGCCCAGGAACGGGUCGGCCAUGGCCCAAUCCCAACAAUGCCAACUCUAUGCCUUACUCAUCACCUUCUCCUGGUGCAUACGGGGGGGCAUCUGGAGGUGGAGGGCCUCCUGGCACUCCCAUCAUGCCCAGCCCCGCAGACUCAAACAACUCUGGUGACAAUUUAUACACCAUGAUCAACACUGGACCUGGCAACCGGAAUAAUUUCCCUAUGGGCCCAGGCUCUGAUGGACCCCUGGGAGCCAUGGCUGGGAUGGAACCACACCACAUGAAUGGAUCACUAGGUUCUGGUGAUAUGGAUGGAAUGAACAAGAAUUCCCCAAACAAUUUAAGUGGCAUUAGCAAUCCUCCCGGGACCCCGAGGGAUGACGGGGAGCUGAGUGGAAACUUCCUCCACUCCUUUCAGAGCGAGAACUACUCUCCAACCAUGACGAUGAGUGUGUGACCCCCUCCCCCUCUUCACCCGACCCGAUUUGCCAUCAUUCCGAGGAUCUGAAGUCACUGUAGGACAUGGCCAAACACAUCAGCACCAAAUCAGGGACAGGCGCCAUUUUGGUUCCACACUAACGCCAGAAUGCUGAUUGGGGGACAAAAACAAAACAAAAAAAAUCUAAAUGGCUGGCAAACUACUGCUCCUUGCUCAAAAUGAAGGACAAUUACACCAUUUAUCACAACCCCUGUGUGAGAAACCAGCUACUGAAAUGCAUAAAUGACACGUUUUAUGUUCUUUGCAGAACCUCCUGACCCCGCUCAGUCCUCUCAGCCUCUUUAAUCCUAGUGCGAAGAGAAAAAGGUUGGAAGUUUACCUCUUGUACUUUUUAAUGAUUGCUUUGUGGUGCAAGAUGUGCAGGAAAUAUCUGCUUUUGUCACUUAAAACACUGGAGAGUUUGCAUACGCAUUGUGAGCUUGGAAAGUCUCUGUCUUGUCAUUUUACUUAUCGCCAUGCAUACGGUGUCACAGAAAUGGGUUGACACAGGACUGAGGAUUUGUCUUUUACUCUGUGGCCACCUUUCUGAAUAAUGUAUUACUCUGCCCAAUGCCCACCUUUCUAUUUAAAGAGACUUAAAAAUGGAAACGAUGUGAAAGAAUAUGGCUUUUAUUGUGACAGCCUUUUGCAGCGGUGUUGUUACAGUGUCACAUUGAUCCAGAUUGAUCAGUCUCUCAAGCCCUUUUCAGACAUGGGAUUUUUAAUAUUGCCGCCUUCAUCAGUCCCUCAAAGCGAUGGCAUUCUGUUAGGCUUUGGUCACUUUUACAUCAGUGUUCCUCGCAGCUUUAUUCAGACGUAACCAUGACAGCUGCAAAGAGAGCCACGGUAUGUGAGAUAUUCACCAUAUGUGCAAAAGAAUUGUCGCAUUCGUGGCAGUGAGCAUUAGGCAUCUAGUGAAGUGUAGCCACACUGUUGAACGUUUAACUCGAUGUGACAUUUUUACCAAGAUCAGGGUCUGUGUGAGUGAGUGAGUGUGUGUGUGUGUGUGCAUGUGCGCGAGUGUGUGCGUUCUGCCACAGCUGCCCCUGCCCUUUGAACACAGACUCUCUCUUCUGCAUGGGGAAUAUGCACUGCAUUAGAGAGCGACGUUUUCACCUUACUGAAAAUGAAAAAUAGCUUCCGAUGACAUAAAACGUCACGUCAUAUUUUAUUGCUGUUUGGGGCAAUCUCUACAUCAAAGAUGGACGAGAGAUAUGGGCAGUCAUAAUCCUGUGCAUCGGUUAAUGCAUUCAGACAUGUGCCAAGUUGAAAGUGCUAGGUUCGGACCUAGUUCGAGAUUUCCGUCGCAAUCUUUGCAGAAAAGUGACCGGGGCGCCCGUUCGGGUGCGAAGCCGACGCGUUCGCGGGUGCUGUCAGAUUAAUGGAAAAGGACUGCAUGUCUGAAAGGGGCUUUGUUGUUGACAGUUUGCUACUCUGCCACUCUUGGCUGUUUAAACAGCUGGACUGCUGCCGCGUGCUGUCAAGGGAAGCCAGAUUUUGGCAUAAAAAGUGAGUGCAUGAGUGCUGAGAAUCUGUGUACAACAUACUACCUAGUGCUGCUCUUCUCUAUGUGGACACCUGCUUUAAGAUGUGGUGUAUAUCUCUUUACCUGCCUGUGCUUAACACUCUGUGCGCUUCAUCGUCGUAGCCUUCUGUGUUACUUCCAAUUUGGUUGAUGGAUAUAUGGAUGAGUUGCCCAUUUUAAUCUCUCACACAUACUGGUUAACACUUCCUUCCUGUAUCACUGGUCGUCCCUUUGGUCCUGCCCGUCUCUUGCCCAUCCGCAUAUUUUUUUAUAUUUUGAUACAAACUUUGACUACAUAUAUUGCCCCAGUUAUUCAGUUAGUCAAAGCUUUCUAAACUGAUUCUAGUAGGCAUCAUUAUAAACUUAGCCGCAGUCUUGUAAAUGUGAUGAGAAUUUUUGUUUCAUUUUUUUCCCUGUGAACAUUAUGCAUUAUACACAUCUGUCCUAUGUUGCCUUUAUUUGCUGAUAUUUUUUUAUUUCAAAUUGAGGAAAGAUUGCUUGUUAAUAUAAUUUUACAAUAACUUA